AUGGCAGACUCAGCCGGCGGUGUUGAGGUGGAAGGGCUGAGGGGUUUGGGGGAGGUCCUGCAAGAGGAGGCGUCGGGGGAGGAAAGACGACAUCUUCAAGAGGUUCGCAUCGAUGAGCAACUGCAGGAUCCUCAGUACGAAGUGGGUCAGCGUGAGGUUGUUUCUGUGGAAGGAGCAGUUGCGGAGCACGGAAGCCAGGGAAAUCAAGUGGAGUCUUCUGCCACGCAGUUAGAUUCCACCUCUGAUGGGCAGCCCGCACUGAUUUCUUCCAGGGAGCAGCCGAGACUACUUGUUCGUGAAGAUCAUGGAGCAGGGCAGGAAGAUCCUGCUAUGGUUCGCGCCAGGUCGAUGGAGCGACGCGAGGAGGAUGUGGGCCAGAUUUCAAGGUCCUUGAAUUUUAUGACUGGUCUGCUGAGUACCCUUGUGGGAAGGGUGGACCGCAUGGAGCAGUGGCAGUCGGCGAGUGGAUCAGUGAGAGACCACGCUCCAAUGAGCACCGAGGAGGGCUCUCUACCUACACCGUCUGCUAUGACUCCGGCGACUGCACGGUCUGGAGCACCUGGACUUUUGGGUCUAGAUGAAGUUGAUCGCUUGCAGCAGCAGCUGAGUCAGGUGUCUAUGGGACAGCAUGGGCAGGAAUCUGGUUUUCAACGACCUCUGGCCUCGUUGGAGAAAGUGAUGGCUGGGACCUUCAGCAGUGAUGAUAGUGAAACAGCGCGUCGGAGGGCAGCCGAAGGGGAGCGAGGUGUACCUGGGCGUCUUUUUGGGGCCGCUGGCAGACACGAACUGGCCUGUUUUGCUGUAUGGAGAUCCAAGUACUACUGCGUUGGGGUGUGGUUCAGCAUCGAGUAUGACCUCGCCUCAGCCGGUUAUGGAGUCCCAACGAAUGUCAGAGCCUCAACAGACUAUGGAGUCCCAACGAAUGUCCUUGCUUCACCAGGCUAUGGAGUCCCAGCGAAUGUCCUUGCUUCAGCAGGCUAUGGAGUCCCAACGAAUGUCCGAGCUUCAGCAGGCUAUGGAGUCCCAACGAAUGUCUUCGUCCCAGCAAGCAGGUCUUACCGUGGGAGUGCAGCAUCCAGGGGCGCACAGCGAGGCUACCGUGCAGCAGUCAUGAAGGCUCAGCAAGCAGCAGGGCGGGGUGCUGGGAGUGAAAAGCCACGUCAGGAUGAGGGCCAAGAGAUGGAUGGUGAGGCCCGUGCUGCCCAGUGGCGUCGUGAUGAGCUCGAGGACUACGUCGGCGGUGGGAAAUGUUCAACGUGGGAGUGGCUUGGUGAUGAAUGCUGCUCCAAGUGGUUUGGUGAUGGUGGAUGGAGUGUGGAGGGAGUAUCAGAUGAUUGGUGGUCACAUGGCGGUGCAACCGCUGACGGGUGGUGGUGCGAGUGUGGGCUCUACCUUGCGGUGUCGGAGGAGAUCGAGCAGGUGGUCUGGCACUUGGUAGUGCGGGGGACACCAGUUCCUCCACCUCCUUCUACUCUACCGCCGCUGACGACUUCAACGACUACGAGCGCAAGCUAUGGAGAUGAGGUGGAAGAGCCCUCGAAACUUGUCACCAAGCUGCCGCUACUUCGGGCGGCCAGAGGCAGAGAUGCAGCGGUGAUUGCGGGAGACUGGCUGGCUCAGUUGGAGCCCAGUAUGAGUACCUUGUCCUCUACGGCGGCGCGGUGGCGGUCGGCUUUGAUGGAAAGGGUUAAAGAUCUUUAUGGUCUUUGGCUGGAGAGCGCUCGCGUGGCGCGUUUGACGAUCCGUCAGCAGGUGCUUACACGUCGUCCUCCUCCUGACCGGCAUCAUCGUGUGGAGCAGAGGGCAGCGAUGCUGCUGCUGGAUGCGUUGCCAGAGGAGCUGAGGCAUGAAGCAAUCAGUGCUCGCGCGGUGACGGCUGAGGCUAUGGUGUUCAUGGUGCACUGCGCUUACCAGCCAGGUGGGGCAGGCGAAAAAGCGCAGUUGCUGCAGUUUCUUACGGUGCCGGAGACGGGCAAUGGCUUGGAGAACACCCUGAGCCUGGCGCGCAAGUGGAUCAGGCUUUUAUGUCGAGGCCGGGAGUUGCAAGUGGUUUUGCCGGAUCCGAGCCUAUUGUGCCGUGGGCUGGACAAGCUGAUCGGUGCUACCUUUUUGGGGUCUGCCAGCAAGCAUCCUUCGGCCUCCUUCCGGAUUGCCUCAUUCAAGCUGGAGCGUCAGCUGGAGUAUCGGGCAACAGCUGUGGACAUUGAGGACUACGCGUACUUGAUCCUUGGUGAGUUGGAGGCGGCACAGUUGUCACAGCCUCCUGCAUCCCAGCCAAAGGUGGCCCGUUUGGAUGGUCAUGGUGGAAACCAUGAUAACGCGGACAAGGACAAGGGCAAAGGGGGGAAGGCUUCCAAUGGUGGCGGAGGCAAAGGCAGUGCUCAGGGAGGUACGACUGGGGCAAGUGCGGAGGAGAAGCCUGCACGGAGGCCCAGAAAGAAAGGGGAGAAAGGUGGAGGAAAAGAUCGUGGGCCAAUGGAGGCUGUGAGAAAGUCAGAGGAGGAGCCCGCCGGUGAGGAGGCGGCUCGUGCUUCUGCUUCGACCUCUGGAGGCGGUGACAAUUCGGCAAGGGUGGAGUUCUUUGAAGAGGCCACCAAAGCUUUGAAGUCGUUGAGGUUGGCUAAGCUCACGUUGCGGGCCUUGCAGAGUUCUUCUGGAAAUGGGGGCAGGGCUCUUGUCGACUCAGGCGCCACGACCUCUAUGAGAACGGCAUGUGGAAAUGAGGCCCAGGGGCUUCCUUUGAGGACGGUGCUGUUGGCGGAGGGGGAAACUUCGUUCUUCCAGUUGCCAGGUGGGACGCUUCUUACCACUAAGAGAACGGCACCUAUUGUGGCUAUGAGUGAUUUCAUGGAGAUUGGCUGCCGGGUCACAUGGUGCAGCAGCGAAGGUUGCGCGGUGACCCACCCGCUCAAGGGUGACCUGGGUGUUCGCGUGGUGAAUGGCUGCCCCGAGGUUGAUGAGGCCGUUGGUUUGGAGUUGAUCGCGGAGGCAGAGGCCACCAAGCUUAGACGACGUGAAGCUGAGUUGGCGGUGAAUCGCCUCGUGGAGGGGUGUGAGCGCCAGGAGCGUGGAUCUGGCAAGAUGGAUUGGGAGUUGGGCACCAAGGCCACCAAGGACCUCUACAGCGGUGUGGGGCUGUCUUGGGCGCGGUUGCACAAGGCCUUCCCGGAGGCCCCUUCUUGGCUGGUUUCAGCUAUCCCGGUGGUGGCGGGAACCAAUGGCGAUCGGGUCUCUUGGAAUCGUCAUGAGAGGAAGAAGUGGAGGAAGGCCACCUCGUUGGCUGUGCACUUGUUCUGUGGAAAGGACCGCGCGACGUGGAAGUCAAGGGCAGAAGUGGCUCAUGUGAUCACGGUGGAUCAAGCGGAGGAUGUGAUGGCGGAUGCAACCUAUGCCGCCUUGUUGGAUGUGGCCCUGUCAGGCAAGCUCAAGGCGGCGUUUGGCGGCCCACCUUGCAGGACGUUUUCUGCACUGCGCAACCGUGUUUUGGAGUCGGGGAUGGGCCUCGUCCUCUUCGGGAUCGUGAUGGUGAUGGAAGGAUACCAUCAUGAUUUUCAGGAUGGUGUUCUUGUGGAUGGUGGCAGCGACGAGCCAGACUUUAUCCUGGAGCACCCCGAGGACCCUCACGAGUUCCUCCAGGGCGAGAACAUGACUUCGUUGUGGGCCAUUCCUGAGAUUCAGUUCCUCAAGGAUGAGAUGAAGUGGUGGUGGCGGAAGUUUGACCAAGGUCCUCUCGGGCAUCCUCGGAGGAAGCCUACGCGAGUGCUAGCUUCGGUUCCAUGCCCCAAGGAGGUCUGUGAAGUUCGGGGACCCUCUUCUGUGACCGAGGAUGAACGUGAAGGAGAUGGAGAUGGGUUUCGGUCGGCUACCUGGGCGGCAUGGGCUCCGGGUUUGAAGCAGGUUGUCAAGAACGUUGUGGAAGGGAGUUUGGCGGGCUCCGCACUGGAGAAAAUCAUGAAGUUGGACCAUGCUUUCUUGGAUCAUCUUCGAAGGGACCACACCCCUUUCAGACGUGAUUGCAAAGCUUGCUUGGCUGGGGCGUUUCGGGGACAUGCUCACCGGAGGAUCGUGUCGCCUGAAGCUUGGUGCCUGAGCUUGGAUGUUAUUGGACCUACCCGACAGGGCACCGACGAGUAUGUCAAGAAGGUCCGCUACGCUUUGGUGGGAACGCUUGUGGUGCCAGAUAUGCUGGGCAAGCUACUUCAACCUCCUGAUCCCGACGGUGUGGAUGGUGGCGCUGGAGUUGGGCCGCUCCUCACGGAUGAUCCGAUCUACGAGGAGGGCUAUCACGCGGAUGAGGAGGCGGAGUUACCACCAGCGGCGGAGGAGGAAAGAAGCCGUCGUGAAAUGGAGAGAUGGGAGGCUCGUGUCAAGAGGGACAAGUUGGAGGGUGUAUCAUGCGUGGAGGUGCCUUUUGUGGUCACUUUGGCCUCUAAGUCUUCCUCGGAGGUGUUGACAGCCACCAAGGACAUCUUGAUGCAGGUGAAGAAGCUGGGCUUGACAGUGCAGCGCGUGCACUCCGACCGCGGUCGGGAGUUUGUCAGCAAAGGCUUUGGUGGGGCGAGCCAAGAAUGCAGUGAGGACCGUACCAAGGUGUUCGUCAAGCAGAGAUCCUGGGAGCUUCGAAAGGAGGAGUUUGUCGAGAAGGUGGUUGCGGCCAAGGUGCUAUGCCCCUCUAUGGAUGUUACCCGUGGUUUGUUGGUCCGAACGGAGGAGGGCAGCUACCUCACUACAAUGGUGGCUGUGGAGAACGUCAAGGAGGUUUCUGGCGACUUUGAGGUGGAUGCUCCACCCGCUCGAGCAGAUGCACCUGGAGUUAGAAGAAGAUUGCAUGGAAAGACGUCCAUUGCAAGGGCGGAGCUGGAUGGAAGCGAGCCUCUACCACAAGGUCCAGCAAGUGACGAUGAGAAUGUGGCUCGGGAUGAAAAGGAGGCAGCGGCUUUUCUGGAGGUGAGGGAUUUCUCCAUGGAGGCGCUGGAGAAGCUGUUGGACGGACUACACUUGAAGCGGUGUGUCGCUCCGAAUCGACGCGCGGAGCUACCUGGUGAUGCCCCUCAGGUGUCGGUGCAUGCGUUUGGGAUGUUUCGCCAUGGUGGUGUGGUGGGUGCGACUACAUUGGCCAAGACUCGACCAUGUUUGACAAGGUGUUUGGUGGAAGCACUCAAGCAACGUUUGGAUCCUGCAAUUACAUUUACUACCGUGUCUCUCAACUUCAACACGCCAAUGCAGUGCCACAAAGACUUCAACAACCAACAAGGUGAGCAGGCAGCCCUGGUCGGACUCGGCAACUAUGUGGGUGGGGCCCUUUGGUGCCACGAACCUGGAGGUGAUUCCAGGGACAAUGUCAGUUGGCACAAAGUUGGUGGAAGCUGGCUUCCUGGUCGUCGCUACCCUACCUACCACAAGACUGUUGUGUUUGACCCAUGCCAGCUACACCAGAGCAACGUGACCUACUACAAGGUUUAG